CAAGAAUAGAAACUAGAGUGAUCAGUAGGUAUGUUCCUGCGAUUAAUUCAAUCAUUGCGAUCAACGUCAUACCUGUUGCCCACAGAAAGGCAUCGCAUUGUUCGAUUUGAUUGCCAAGCAAUCCAUGAACCAUUGCUGCAAAUAGAACGAACCGUCUCGCCGAGAUCGAAUACAUACUCUUGGACCAAACAUCCCAAUGCAGUCAUACUGCGAUGCAAAAGGCACAAUUCAACUCUUUGUACUCGUAUUCUCACAUAUUUUUACAAUUCCGUGUUGCUUGUUUGUCAUGUGUUUUUCUUUUUCACCUGCCUUUCUGCCCGAUUACGUUGAAACAAAAUAAGCAGGAGGUACUAUUAUCCUAGCCUUUAUCUUGUGUUUACUGCGAUUUAAUUUAUUCCAUUCCUAGGACGGUGCUGGGUAGAAUAGUUUGUGAUCCAUCAAUCCUGCGGAGAAUUUUAAAAUGACGAGCACCCACCGCGGUUAUCACUCUGCUGAUGGGGGAGGCGAUAGCGAUGGCAAUGACGACAACUACAACCAAAAUGGAGGACACGGCCGAGUACGUAGUAGCAGUUGGACAUAUGAUGAGGACCAUGACAUUCGACAGUACUCACUGGAAAACCAGUUGUUGCCGAUCAAUGAACACGAAAACGAGCGUUGUUUCGAGAGCGACUAUCGAGAUUCUGAGUACGCCUACGAAUCAAACGAACAUGGAGCCGAACCUUGCAACAGCGACCCACAGUUGGAUGAURCACGCGGAGAUGGCGACGACGAUUCCUUUCGGAGGCGGAGACGACGACGACAAAGGAGCGGGACAGUUUUGGGAAAAGGGUGGGAUCUUCCUUCGGUUUCCAUAAUGAGAAGGAGGAGAAGGUUCCGGAAUCGUGUCAAAACGGAAACUGCGAUGCACAAGCGAAUCGUUGUGGGGAAGGACAUUAGGAUCUACGACGACGAGAACGACACCAAUGCCCUUACGGAUGGCAACGACAAUAUUAGAAGCAAACACAUCAUCAAUAACACGAACACUAGGAUAAAGAAACACGCCCGAACAACGGUGGUACCCAACACAAUAUCAGAGAUGCAGCAACCAAAUAUUGUAGAGUUGCUGCGGGACCGAGAAGUUUUUGGAGGCGGAAAUAACCGCCGUGGUGGUAUACGUAGCACUCUUCGCAGAAGGCCUACGACUGCUGCUGCUAUUACAAAACGCGGUAGCUCUGGUCAGAAACCCCGAGGAAGCUAUUCUUCUGGAUUCAUCACCCGGAGCAGCAUCUCAACACUGGAUCCSGGGUCUGAAGACGACGACGAUGAAAUGGAGUAUUACUCGGGGGAGGAAAAGGACGCAAGUGGCAGCAGUAAAAACAAGCGGAGGAGACACAAGAGAAGGAAACCAAAGUCGCCCACUACCGUUACGGCUACAGAUGCUUCCGCUACGAAUGGGGCCCUGGGUUCCUCCCCACACAACAAUUUUUAUUCAAAGAGCAACAGGAGUGGCGACCGAAACAUCAACUGCCAUCGUUCCACCACCGAUCAGCUGCGGACAUAUGCAGAGGAGGUUUGCGUCACUAAGUUUGAGGGGAGCUACCUAGGCCACCUGAUGCACAAGAAACCAGAAGAUAACGACAUAGAUAGAGAAGACAAUGUUGAAAACGACGACGACGAAGAAGAGCCACAACAAACCAGCAAAGCCGUCUCCACGAUUUCGAUUGCCUUUUCGCCCGAUGGAAAGACCAUGGCUUCUACACACGGAGACCACACGGUUAAGAUCACCUGCUGUCUAACGGGCAACCUGUUACAGACACUGGUUGGACAUCCUCGGACGCCCUGGACAGUUAAGUACCACCCUCACGCCGGGGAAGAUGAUGGGAUGUCAAACACUCCCUACACUAUCAUUGCCGACAGCAACAGCGGGAGUUCUUCGUCUUCUGCGGCCAAUGCUCCAAGUGGUAACGGAUCUGACGGAGCGAAUUCUUUACAACAGCAGCCGCUGCACAAUGAUUCAAAAAACUCGUUGCCAAAAAGGCAGCAAAUCCUCGCCUCGGGGUGUCUAGGCCACCAGGUUCGGAUAUGGGACUGGAUCACAGGGACUUGCCUGCAGAUGAUACGCUUGGAAUAUGCGAUUAUCAGCCUGAGCUUCCAUCCGUCUGGGAACCUGCUGGCGAUUGCAAACGGCAUGAGGCUGCAUUUUUGGGGCUUGCCRACAGUGACAGUGAACAACGAGGAAUCUGGCGAUGAAAACGGGAACGAUAGUGAUAACGAUAACGAUACCAGCACCGCAGCUGGUACCAGGGAAAGUGGAGACCACAUCGGAAGCCGGAAUAGCAGCCGGAGGGGUACGAGCACCUCGAUGGAGAUGAGGCACAUGCUCCGGUGCGUGCACUUUUUGCCCGAUGGGAAAAAGGUCAUCGUAGGUGGUGUAAACCCCCAGUCGAGGACRGAGCUCCAGAAUCAGCGCCUGGCUGCGGAGGAACGAAAUAGAACCUUCACGCCUACCAUGUCCUUUUACCUUCGGCUUUGGGACUUUGACAAGAGGGCCGCCAUGGGGCUGCCGCCGAUCGAGGCAACUGAACCACUGCCCCACGGGGUAAACAUCGAAAAUGCAGGAAUCACACCAAGCCAUAACUACGUCGAUUCGACUUUUCGCAACAACCACGGCAAUAGAAACAAUGGCAGCGGCAGCCGAUCCAAUCCCCACCAACCACCCUCGAUACUUUCCAACGCAAGUGCCGAAAACAUGACCAGAUUGGCGACACGACGCCGGAGGCCGAUCAGCAAUGUAAGUUCCUUGUGCCUUUUUGUUUCUACAUUUUCAUUAUUUUCUUGCUGGGCGCACAACAAAUCCGCGCUGGCUUUGUACCAGAAACCUGUUGAAUUUUAUGCUUUUUGAAGAAAAUAACUUGAGUGAUAACAGUCAACGGAGAGAAGAGCAAUGUAAAGUCUUGAGCUAUGUACUCACUUUGCUGAUUAUCUCCGAUUCAAUCCCUCGCGAUCUGAUCGCGCCUCAUCAAAUCCGAUGCAGGGUCGACCCUUUGUCCCCAAAGCACUCUUGUACAACGACGGAGGGUUUGACGUAUCCCCUGACGGAAAGACACUUUGCGCUUGUGCGGAGUAUUGGUUGCCAGAGGGUGUUGACAAUGCAACGGACCUGCUGCAUCCGCCACAAAACGAUUAUGACACCGAUGACGACAGUGACUAUUACAGUGAGAGCAGCAGCGAAGACGAAAUUGACAGAGUUCGGAGCAGUAACGACAACAUCAAUGUGGAAAUGAACGAUGGAAGUGGUGAUGCUGUAAAUGGUAACAUAAAGCCUCAAGUGGAUACCUCCGUUAACAACGAAGAAAAGCCUGCUGCCGUUGCAAUCGAGGUGGAUGACUCCGUCAGCAAGGAAGAAAAACCUACUGCCGCUGCGAUCGAGAGGGAUGGCUCUGUUGACAAGGAAGAAAAGCAUGCUGCCGUUGCAAUCGAGGGUGAUGACUCCGUCAAUAAGGAAGAAAAGCAUGCUGCUGUUGCGAUCGAUCGCCCCAUUACUUAUGCAAGCGUUGUGGCUGGUACAGUGGAAACUAGAGACGCCAAUGCCACUAAAGAUGAUGCUGCCGAGGAUUCGAAAGAUGAAAACGCGGAAGCUUCCACCGAAGCUCACACGUCGCCAACGCGUCCCCCGUCUUCUUCCUCAUCAAUUCCUUCGGAGACUCCSCCCCGCCUUGCGGUCCGACAGCGAGUGCAAAUUUCGAGCCCCCCUCCCAGCAUUGGUACCACCACGGGAACGAUGUUGAGUGCGCCAUUGGCCGGUGCCUUGCCUACAACUCCGGUCCAAGCGGGGUUGACACCACAAACUCCCCCACCCAACGUGAAUCCGCUCAACUUUCCGCUAAGUCCCCCCUCUCCUCCAGGACGGAGAUUUCCUGGUGGGUUAGGAAGCACUAGUGUUAGAAAUGCGCAAUCAUCACUGCAACAGGAUCAGACGCGGCAGCAGAAUUUGUGGCAAAAUCGAUCUGCUCAGCAGUCACAGCACCAGCCAUACCCGACUCCUCCCCAGCCACAACGAACAGCACCAUCAUCGAGCACAAUUGGUGGUAGCUCGGAGAAUACCGAGGCCACGAUACCAGCUCCUCCUGGAAUCACUCAUCGAAACGAUCGCCAACAUCGGCUUCGUACGCAGCAAACCAAUGGUGGUGUCCCGAGAAUCUAUGGAAAUCCCUUUGCAACUUCUUCCCGCAAUUCUCGCGGUGGCAUCCCAAAGCAAAAGGGGAGAUACGUUCCACAUAUCGUUACUAUUAGCCUGGAUACAGAACCCUAUGUAGAAACUUUGCAGGUUGUUAAUGGAUCGGUUGGUGGUAAUUCGGUAGAAAUACACGCUGGCAGCGGGAUCCGUUCAGCGGCCGGUGCCGCCACCAACGUCACCAAGACAUCCUACGUUGUCCCCGGAAAGAUCAGUGGUGCUUUCGUCGCCACCCGUCCCCACGCACGGGACCGUCGCCCCAGGCUUGGACAAUUGCUGUCGGCUUGCCCAUUGGAUCGGUCCAAAGCAUCGGCCGUUACCUGCGUAAAGUUCUCUCCCUGUACCGAAUUUUGUUUGAUCGGUUACGGUGUGAGAGAACCACACGUUGAAAGAGCGGUAGACAUCGACGAUCCGGAUACAUAUUUUCACCCCGUUACCGCCAUGUAUAAAGUUAACAUUGGGGGAAGAAUGCGCCACAUUUCGACUAUGCUGAGCGACGAUGACGACGUAAACAUUGCGAGAUUCCACCCCGAAUCGGGKUACGGGUUUGUUUAUGGCACCAAGCAGGGGCGGAUUCGCAUUCUCGGUCCCAGGCCCUGGAAUUACUACAACAGUUAAUAUAAUMAUAUGAGGACAUAAUAGUAGUGGUAAAAAAAUUGUCAACUCCGUCUCUAGUAAACGAUGUUUUCUCUGUKAACAUCACUCGUAUAAAACGAUGUUAGUAACAGGGAAAGACAAGAG